AUGACAACAUUACGUUCCGACAACGUCGGAUCCUUCAUCCGACGCCACUUCUCGGCGGCGGCGGUCGUAGUGGCUUGUCUCGUCAUCUUUCUCGCCCGGCCGGCCCACCAAACUUUCCACUUCGGUCCUCGUCUUCCCACUAACCCGUGUUCCGGUCACGGUUCUUGGUUUCCGCCUAUCGCAAACCCUAGACUCUUGAAGGCUUAUACCGCUGGAGAAAAGUUCGAAAAAAAAAAAACUGAGCCCGGUCAGCCGGAGAAUUGGUGCGGUCCACACGUUUGUAACUAUACCGGUGUAUUCUGUGCCGCCGCCCCGGACGAUCCUUUCACCUUAACCGUGGCCGGAAUCGAUCUAAACCGAGCCAAUAUCGUCGGCUCUCUUCCCCUAGAACUCGGUCUCUUGAACGAUCUCGCCUUGUUUCAUCUCAACUCAAACCGUUUCCAUGGGGAAUUGCCGAAAACCCUAAAGUAUCUCCGGUUUCUCAACGAGCUCGACGUUAGUAACAAUAAAUUCUCCGGCGGCUUUCCGGACAUAGUUUUCUCGUUACCCUCUUUGAAGUUUCUCGACAUAAGGUACAACGAGUUUUACGGAGACGUUCCUAAGGGAGUUUUCGACUUAAAGCUCGAUGCUUUAUUCAUUAACGACAACAAGUUCCGGUUUAGUUUACCGGAAAACAUCGUUAACUCUCCGGUUUCAGUUCUUGUCUUGGCCAACAACGAUCUCUAUGGAUGCAUACCUCCGAGCUUUUACAAAAUGGGGAAUACAUUGCACCAAGUGAUCCUCUCGAACAACCGACUAACCGGUUGUCUUAACCGGGAGAUCGGUUCGCUUAACCGGUUAACGGUUUUCGACGUGAGUUUUAACAACUUGGUUGGUCCAUUGCCGGAGACGAUGGGAGAAAUGAAGAACUUGGAGCAAUUGAACGUUGCCCACAACAGAUUCUCUGGCGAGAUUCCGAAGAGCAUUUGUAUAUUGCCGAAGCUCGAGAACUUUACGUAUUCGGAUAACUUUUUCUCCGGCGAACCGCAGGUUUGUCUGAACCUCCGGAACUUUGAUGACCGGAAAAAUUGUAUCCCUCACCGACCAAUGCAACGGUCGUACGGUGAAUGCAAGAGUUUCUAUGCUUAUCCUAUUGAUUGUGGUUCCUUCGGUUGCUCCCCUCCCAGUCCUCCGCCGCCGCCGCCGGUGCUGUGUCCACCGCCACAGCCGGUACAUUACGAGGCUCCGUGAAAACAAA